UCCGCUAAGGAGGAGAAGGAGGAGGAGCACCAGUGCAUAUGAGGUAUCUCAGUGGCUGUCAGAUACAGUGUUCACAGGACGAGACAUGAGAAGGCAUCUCAUCCAUUGUGUCAGUUUGUUAUUUUAUGUUUGAAGUCUGCUUCGUGUGCUGCUGCUCCUGAGUGAUCCGAAGCAGUGAGCUGAGAUUGCAAAGAAACCAGUUUGUGUGUUUGGAUAAGCAGCAUCUCUGAUCGGAGGAUUUGAAUGCACAGAAAAAGCUCUGAACCUUUUUUUAUGUGAGAUGGAAGCCAUGCAGGUGGUCUUGAGCAGCGGGCUAUGUGAUAAACGAGCUGUGAACUUGAUGUGCCAGUUGGGAAAGCACUGAAAUGAGUCGUGGACAUCGCUUUAUAAGCACUUUGCCUUUCUAGUUAAGCUUAGUUUGAUAUUCUCCAAGCAGGAGUGCUUUGCACAGUACAGCAGGACCGAGGAACUUUUAAAUUUGCUCUCUGGAGGAUCUGGAUCCGGCUGACUUGGCUUUGUUUCUUGGAGACACUUUGCACUCUCUUCCUGAAUUUGCUCUGUGAUAAACGUGCAUCCUCUGAGACAGAAUGCAGGUGUCGUUUGUUUGCACAGACCACCGGUCCAUGAGCCGCAGCACGGAUGAUAGGCUCAAUCGACAAAACGCCAACAGUCCCAGCACUGGUACCCGAAGCAAGUUCAAAGCCGUGGCCAUGGUGGCCAGGAGCCUCGGGCAGCUUUCUGUCCAGAGCGUCCCUUCUUCAAGCGACCAAAGCAUGAGAACUGGCAUGAAGUAUAGGUAGGCUGGGAAGUCAGGCCUGAGAGUCUCAUGUCUUGGAUUAGGAACAUGGGUUACGUUUGGAGGACAGAUCACAGAUGAGAUUGCGGAGCAGCUGAUGACUCUGGCAUACGAGAAUGGGAUCAAUCUGUUCGACACGGCAGAGGUCUACGCUGCAGGAAAGGCGGAGAUGGUGCUGGGCAACAUCAUAAAGAAGAAAGGAUGGAGACGCUCAAGUUUAGUCAUUACAACCAAAAUAUUUUGGGGUGGAAAAGCAGAGACUGAGAGAGGACUGUCAAGAAAACACAUUAUAGAAGGUCUGAAGGCAUCAUUGGAGAGACUGCAGCUGGAGUAUGUGGACGUAGUGUUUGCAAACAGACCAGACCCUAACACACCCAUGGAAGAGACUGUGCGGGCGAUGACCCAUGUGAUCAAUCAGGGAAUGGCGAUGUACUGGGGAACAUCACGCUGGAGUCCCAUGGAAAUUAUGGAAGCAUAUUCUGUGGCCCGACAGUUCAACCAGAUCCCACCAAUCUGUGAACAGUCAGAGUAUCACAUGUUCCAGAGGGAGAAAGUGGAGGUGCAGCUUCCUGAGCUCUUCCAUAAGAUUGGUGUGGGUGCGAUGACGUGGUCCCCGCUGGCCUGUGGGAUAAUCUCAGGGAAAUACGACAGCGGGGUGCCAGCCUACUCUCGUGCCUCACUAAAGGGCUACCAGUGGUUGAAGGACAAGAUCUUGAGCGAGGAGGGCCGACGCCAGCAGGCGAAGCUGAAAGAGCUGCAGGCAAUCGCUGAGCGGCUGGGCUGCACGCUGCCACAGCUAGCCAUCGCGUGGUGCCUGAGAAAUGAAGGUGUGAGCUCUGCUCUUGGAGCCUCCAGCACUGAUCAGCUAAUGGAGAAUAUAGGAGCAAUACAGGUUCUUCCAAAGUUAUCAUCCUCCAUCGUGCACGAGGUGGACAGUAUCCUGGGCAACAAACCCUACAGUAAAAAGGACUACCGUUCCUAGUGUGGGACCGGAUGCUCCACACACACCUUUGCCUGAUCCUCCGUUCGCUUCAGCUUUUACUGAAUGAGUACCGGCUGCAUGAGACGGGCAAGCACCCACAAACCCUGGAGAGCAGGACUUUUACAACACAAAGGGCAAGAAACGUGAAAAAUACACAAACAAAAAAAAAGACACAUCACUGACUGAGGGGUUAAAAUAAAGGAUAGAGAGUGAUGCAUUGAAGAUACAUGCUUACGGAUUCAUCCGUAUGGGUACUUUAUAACCAGAUCAUUAGGGUAAUUAAGAUCAAAAUGAAGAAGAAAAAUAUGCUUAACAACAUUUAAAAAAAAUAACAUGCUUGCUUGGUUGCUGGAAAUA